AUGACUGCACCUGGGCCUCCAACAGAGGAGAUAAAGAUCUGCUGGGCUCAACUAGGAGUCAUUAUAUAUGAAUGCAAAAUGUAUGUGAAAAGGGUAAAAGAUGAUAUUCAUGAUUAUGAAGAUAUUGGAGUUACAUCCAUGGCUUCUGAACAUGAAGAGGUCAUCAAAAAUAUUCUGAAAAAGGUAAAAGAAACUACUUACUAUGAUGUUUUGGGGGUCAAACUCAAUGCCACCCAGGAAGAAUCAAAAAAGGCUUACAGGAAAUUGGCUUUGAAGUACAACCCUGACAAGAAGCCAAAUGAAAGAGAGACGUUUAAACAGAUUUCUCAAGCUUAUGAAGUGCGCUCUGAUGCGAAGAGAAGGGAAUUAUAUGACAAAGGAGGAGAAGAGGCAACUAAAGAAGGUGGAGCAGGUGGUGGUUUUGGCUCCCCCACGGACAUCUUUAAUAUGUUUUUUGGAGGAGGAGGAAGGAUGCAGAGAGAAAGGAGAGGUAAAAAUGUUGUGCAUCAGCUCUCUUAUGUAACCUUAGAAGAUUUAUAUAAUGGUGCAACAAGAAAACUAGCUCUGCAAAAGAAUGUGAUUUGCAACAAAUGUGAAAGCCAAGGUGGUAAGAAAGGAGCGGUAGAAUGUUGUCCCAAUUGCCCGGGUACUGGAAUGCAAAUAAGAAUUCAUCAGAUAGGACCUGGAAUGGUUCAACAAAUUCAGUCUGUGUGCAUGGAGUGCCAGGGCCAUGGGGAACGGAUCAGUCCUAAAGACAGAUGUAAAAGCUGCAAUGGAAGGAAGAUAGUUUGGCAAAAGAAGAUUCUAGAAGUUCAUAUUGACAAAGGCAUGAAAGAUGGCCAGAAGAUAACAUUCCAUGAUGAAGGAGACCAAGAACCUGGACUGGAACCAGGAGAUAUUAUCAUUGUUUUAGAUCAGAAGGACCAUGCUGCUUUUACUAGGCGAGGAGAGGAUCUUUUCAUGUGUAUGCACAUACAGCUGGUUGAAGUACUGUGCAGCUUUCAAAAGCCAAUAUCUACACUUGACAACAGAACCAUUGUCAUUACCUCUCAUCCAGGUCAGAUUGUCAAGCAUGGAGAUAUCAAGUGUGUGCUGAAUGAAGGCAUGCCAAUUUAUCAUAGACCAUAUGAAAAGCGUUGCUUAAUCAUCAAAUUUAAGGUAAACUUUCCUGAGAAUGGCUUUCUCUCUCCUGAUAAACUCUCUUUGAUGGAAAAACUCCUACCUGAGAAGAAGGAAGUAGAAGAGACUGAUGAAAUGGACCGGGUAGAACUGGUGGACUUUGAUCCAAACCAGGAAAGAUGGUGCCAUUACAAUGGAGAAACAUAUGAGGAUGAUGAACAUCACCCUAGGGGAGCUGUUCAGUGUCAGACCUCUUAAUGGGGCCAGUGAAUAACACUGCUGGCAUUUUAUAUGCAGUAGUGAACGAGUGAAGGACUAUAAUCAUAGCUCACUACUUGCUAUCGUUUUUGUUUUAAUAUUCAACUAUAGUAGUGUUUUAAACGUUAAAUGCAGAAUAAAAAAUAUAAAAGCUC